CCCCUCGCCCCCCGGCCGCCUCCAAAAACAAACAUCCACACAUGGAGCUCAGCUGGGGGGGGGGGGGGGGGGGGUCUAUAAAAGACUGGAGGAGCUGAGGAGGUCUGACUCUGAGACUCUGAACAGGCUGGACAGGAUCUGAACUGGUGGAUUCACAGGGACUCAUUCACACCUCCAGGUGUGUAUAGUGUCUCCUUCAGUCCAGGUGUGUUUAGUGUCUCUCCAGGUGUGUAUAGUGUCUCCUUCAGACCAGGUGUGUUUAGUGUCUCUCCAGGUAUGUUUAGUGUCUCUCCAGGUGUGUAUAGUGUCUCCUUCAGACCAGGUGUGUCGCUGGUGUUGUCAUGCCGUGGCUGCUGUCCUCUCAGGUGGAGCGUCUGUCUUCGUCUCCGUCGCAGCGUCAGUGCGAGCGGACGGCGUUCUCCUUCUACUGCGCUGUGCGUGAACGGUUCCCGGUCUGGCUGCUGGAGGACAUGCGCCGUAUGGAGGUAUUCAGCUGGGAGGACGGACGCCCGCGAGCCUUCCUGCCGUCUGAGGCGCUGCUGUACGCGCUCGUACACGACCACCAGGACUACGCACGCCACCUGCUGGACGAGUACUCGGUGGGCGCGCUCAGCCCGCCGCGCUGCAGCUUCUGCUGCGGCCGCGGUAGCGGCGGCGCGCCGCACCUCGCCGUGGCGGUGCGCUAUAACCGCGUGUCGAUCCUCGGCAUGAUGGUGGAGGCUCUGAAGGACUGCGACACGCAGAGUGUGCGGCGGGACUACCUGGAUGGCCGCAGCGGCUGCUUGCACGUGUCGGACGCGGGAAAGACGGCAGUGCAGCUGGCGGUGGAGCUGUCACGGCCCGACUGUCUGUUGCUGCUGCUGGUUCACGGCGCACUCCCCACCGGCCUCGACGCCGCGCUGCAGCGACUCGUCGCCUCUGACACAACGGACCGACGCCACGUGCGGCGCUGCCUCGACUUCCUGCUGCUCUUCCUGCCCAAACCGCCGCCGCUUCGCUGCCUGCAGGACGAGCCGCGUCGAUGGCAAAGCCUGCUGGGAAAUGAAGUGUUCAGCUGGCUGUGCGGUCUGGCCCCGCCCCCCCUCCUGCUGCAGGCACUCAGGUGUUUGGCUCGGUCCGGCCCGGAUCAGAUCGCCGCGCUGCCCGACUUCCUGCAGCCGCACGGCUGGCGGUGACAUCAUCGGUCACCAUGGAAACACUGCAAACACCUCAGGACUGCUGUGAUUGGACGGUGUGUUGAUGAUGUAAAUAAAGACUAAAACCUGAUCACUGAUCAGCGAUCAA